CAAAUUUAGAAUAUAAUUUAUGAAAUUCAUAUGCAUGUAUAUAUUUACACAUGGGUUUGUUUGCUCUUUUACUAAACUAGCUCAUAUUUCACAAUUUGGCAUCGCUGUGACUUCUUCCAAACCAAACCAUAUCCAGGAAAUGAAGAAAAUGGUAGUGAAAUUGGAGAUAUAUGAAGACAAAGAGAAGACCAAGGCCAUGAACGCAGUUUCCAGACUCUCAGGAGUCGAUUCCAUAUCUAUUGAUAUGAAAGACAAGAAACUCACAGUAGUUGGCGACGUUGAUCCGGUUGUUCUGGUGAAGAAACUGAAGAAACUGUGUCAUGCCGAAUUAUUGUCAGUUGGUCCAGCAAAAGAGCCUGAAAAAAAGAAGGAUGACAAGAAAGACGACGAUAAGAAGAAAGAGCAACAAAUUCAAGAUCUUCUCAAGGCCUAUCAGAAUCACAAUCCUUAUGUUAUGCACCAAUAUGUUCAUCACAGUGCUGAGGAGAAUCCAAAUGCAUGUGUUAUAUCUUAAUGGUAAGAUUAUGAUGCAUAUGAGUUUGAUAUCAACUUAAGUUCCCAAAUGCGAUGAAAAUAUAUGAGAUACUGCAUGAGUGAUUAGUAAAAGUUAUUUAGGUAAUGGAAAUAUAGUAUGUGUAGACAUACAUAUGAUGUAUUCAGUGUGUUGGAAUGAUAUGUGAUUAGUAGAAUUUCAGAGUUGUGAUAAUUUUAGUGUAGUUCAGUU